ACUACUCUCCUCAAGUCGCAACAUAAACAUGCCAGGCUGUUUCUGCCGUCUCGUCCGAAACAAUGAAGCUGGCUCGCUUUACACUCUGCAGCUCAUAGAAGUUAACGUCGCAGUGACCAGAGUGUCUGCCUGCAAACGCGUUCAAUGCGGAACUUUCGCAUGGGAUGUCCCCAGCAGAAUUCUCAAUAAGUGCAAAAUUAUGUUGACAACGAUGACUUUCAUUCUACUAUUCCUGCACUACAAGAGCUAUGCAUCUACCAUGGGACAAGCCGGAACACCCAAUGAAAAGGAAAUGCCUGCAAAAGCAAAGAGCAAAGAUGCUGAGGGCGGACGCGCCACAAAGGAAGAAAUUUGCUACGCUAACGUGGGCUGCUUCUCUCGACACGACCGACUGACACAUCCAUUUAAUUUCCCAAGCAACCCAAACCUUUUCAUGCCCUUUUUUCACCUAUAUUCAAGAAAAAAACGGCACAUUCCGACAGUUUUCCAGCUGAAGCCAAAAGGAAAUUAUCGGUAUCUGGUGGAGUUUGGCAAAGAGAAACCAUUAUUUAUUUUGAUACAUGGCUGGCUGGAGUCUGCAUACGCUCCGUGGGCACAGUCCAUCAAAGACGCACUCCUUAGAGAGGAGGACAGCAACGUUCUCGUGGUCGAUUGGAGCGGAUUGGCAGCCACGACGUACGCCAACGCAGCGGCCAACACGGCGGCCGUGGGGCGCACGCUAGCGCUGGUCGUGCAGCGGCUCGUGGAGGAGUUCCCGCUGCGCGCCGCGCUCGUGCAUGCUAUCGGAUAUAGCUUCGGCGCGCAGGUGGCCGGCUUCUUCGGCAGAAACAUCAAGAAGAACACGGGCACUCUCGUCGCUCGUAUAACAGCACUGGACCCAGCGGGCCCGUUGUUCAACGACACCAACGUGUGCGUAUGCCCUGAGGACGCGGCCUUCGUCGAUGUCAUCCACACUAGCGGCGGCUACAAGCACCAGCCCUGGCAACUGGGGCUGCUCAGGCCAACAGGCCACGUGGACUUCUAUGUGAACGGUGCCAAGGACCAACCCGGAUGUUGCGGCUGUGAGUCACCUGCAAAGUGCUACCGCGGGAUGGAAACUCUAAGCACAAGUCUAGAACAGGUUUAUAGCGGCUCUGUGCGACCACGCCCGGGCCCCUAUCCUGUUCCUCGAGUCACUGGUGAACAAGGCCUGUCGCAUGGUGUCGCGGCCAUGCAGAGAAGGCUUUGCAGCUUUUCUGCGCGGGAAGUGCGGUCCCACCGACGCUGGAGGUGACCGCGGCGUGAUGGGCUUCUUUAGCCCUCGGGCGCCCGGCCGCGGUGUCCAGCUGGUCUCUACAGGUGCAGGCCCACUCGGAUACUUCUGCAAUAAAGAGCGUAAGGGGUGA